GGCUUGGCACGCUCCUGUAAACGGAGCACCGCGACCAGAUUUUGGUGAAUCAUACUGACAGAGCGCUGCUGCCUCCUGGCACUGGAGCCGGUGUGCUGUGGGGUAUAAUGGGCAGACUGGUGCCCGGUGUGUCGCCGUGUGUCACCGACGCGCUCCCGCAGGUGGACUAGUCAGACAGGUUUGACCUACAAGCUCAACUGUUCACUCAUUAAUGAAGGCGAUGUAGGGAAGUUAUCAUGAAGAUAGUGGCAACUUUAGCGCUUCUGCAGCUGUGGAUAUCAGCAACAGCGAGAGUUUCGGGUUCUGGCUCAACCGAAACAGCUCUGUCAGCCUCACCGGGUGACAUCGUUCUACUUCCGUGUGACACAGGAGGUCAAGGAACGCCGUUAUUAACGAAAUGGCUCAAAAAUGGACAUGAAAUCAACUCUUCAUCCUCCGCACCGCGCCUCACCGUGCUGCAGAACGGGAGUUUGAACAUUCAGCAGGUCAUACCUGAAGAUGAGGGGAGUUACCUGUGCAACGCCACACUACCUGGCAGCAAGUCCUUCCAGGCAGGUUUUCAGCUUCGAGUAAGCAGUGGAUCAGAAAAUGUGUCUACAUCCAUCAGUCCUGCCACUGCACUGCCCAAUGGGACCCUCUUCACGUCUCGGGGCUCAUCACUUACUUUAAACUGCUCGCGCUCCUCUCACCCAUCCCAGCAGCUGACCUGGGCCUUCAGAGGCGACUCGUCAAGCAAUGACUCGCUGCUUUCAGGCUCUGGAUCCUGGCUGGACUUCAGGAUAGAAAACAUUCAGGCCAGCGCUCAAGGAGUUUACAGCUGCAUGGCCCACAACCCCGUCUCAAAUCAGACCGUCUCUAAGAGCACAGAGCUGCUGGUGUACUAUGUCUCAGACAGACACCCUGAGUGCUUGUGGGCCCUGACACAGGACCCCUCUCAUAUCCAGUUCACCUGCACCUGGUUGGGAGUUUAUCCCACCCCAGAGCUGCGUUGGGAGGAUGAUCCGUUCGAGCCGGCGUACAGCCUGUCCGUGAUGAUGAACCGCUCCGUGCUGUCCGAGGGGCAGAGCGUGAGGUGCGCGGCCCGACACCUACUGCUCGGCCCGGGAAAAGAGAAGUCGUGUUCGCUGACCCUCAAGCUUCCUUACCCUGAAGGCGAACCAAUGGCCGCUGUUCUGGAGGCAGACAAUGUAACCCUAAAGUGCACUGAGGCUGUGUCCACACCCCCUGCAAACACCACAUGGAGAAAGGGGCAAGAGCAGGUCUACAUUGUACCUGGAUCAAAGUACAUCCUGUCUGAGGAAGGUCCCGUCUUCAUGCUGACAAUAGUGAAUGUCACCAAAGAUGAUGAAGGCAUCUAUUUCUGCCGCAGCGAGAACCCGCUCGGCGUCCGCGAGCUGGAAGUCUACCUCACUGUGAAGAGGACCUCGUCUGCGUACACGGGAGCAGUCAUCGGCAUAUUUAUAGCAGCACUGGUUGUGGGAUCAACUGUCAUCGUAGCCAAAACUGUAUACAACAGCAGACAUCGCAUUUGCCUGGGUGGCUUCGGUUCCAGCCUGGAUCACCUGAUGUCACAGCUGAUUGCCUUCAUUGCAUUCUGUUGGCCAAUCAUAUCUGCUCAGCCUGCUCAUGCCUGCUGCUGCCUUUACAAGCUGCUUUGCAACCCACCUCCAUCCCAGCUCCUCCAUUUGUGGCGCUCGUUGCCUUCAUGCUCUCCACGUACGCAACAAGUGGACGAUGAAGAAGGAGACGUGUUGAGUCUGGUGGAGUCGGACGAUGAACAAAUCUUCCAAGAUGCAGUUCCCCAGCUGCCUCCCAUAACCAACGGAGGCCACACAACACUCGUCCAGAUCCAUCGAAUCCCAUCGAGUGAUCACGAGGAUGCAGAAACUGCUGACACAAGUCCACAGCAGCUGGAAGACGCCGUGCAGACGGAAGAGCCCGAGGAUCUUGUAGAAUUUUAGGUUUUGGGUAUUUUUAGAGUGCCGUUUCAUUUUAGCUCAAUUUACUCCUGAAGAGAAUGUGAACAGAAUCGGUGGCAGAAAAAAAAUGCUUCUUCUUUUGUUUUUAAAACAGCGAUUCAAAUUUUUAUAAACUUGUUUUAUGAUUAUUUUCUUUUUACAGUGUUCAA